AUGGAACUAUCAAUUUUGGGCUCUGGUUUUGAUAUUCGGGUAGCUAAGUUUGAUUUAUCUUCUAAGUUCACUCUACAUGCACAUGACAAAGCUGUUUGCACGGUUUCCUAUCAUCCUUUGGCUCCAAAUCUUCUUGCAACUGGUUCCACCAAUAAAAUGGUGAUUUUAUCGUGUAAAACUCUGGGAUCUGUAACACAACCAAUCUUCAUGUGUUGCGUCUAUGUGAAUCGUAAUGCAUUGUGGGAUACACAUUUCCGAUGUCUGGCGUCUCUAGACAAUAUGGAAAGUACAAUAAGAAUGAGGCGUCAACUUGAGUGUUGA